AAAGUUUUGCUUGUUCUGUGCUCCUUCCUUGUGCACCGUGCCUGCUACACGUGUUUCUGGUAACAUGGCCGAGUCCGGGGCAGUCGGCUUGGACAGUGCUCAGAUCAAAAAAGCCGUUCAGGCCCUUCUUGCGUACCAGAAAACUAAAAAGAGUGGAAACUCAUUGCUUCUUAAUGAAUAUGACCGCAUUUCGUUAAUGAUAACAGUAUGGAGAAUACCCAAGCGCGAACAAACCAUCAAAAUUGGAUUACCCCAUGGGAUUCGACCUGAGGAAGUUGAGGUUUGUCUCUUUACUAGAGAUGAACCAAGCAUGUCUUCUGAUCAGACAGAAAAAUUCUACAAAAAGCUACUCAGUCAACAUGGGAUCAAACACAUAACAGAGGUUAUUCCCCUUCAAAAGCUUAAAAAGGAAUACAAACCAUUUGAGGCAAAGCGGCGUCUUCUGGGCAAUUUUGACAUGUUCCUUUCAGAUGAUAGAAUCCGCCGUUUUCUGCCUUCUCUACUGGGGAAGCAUUUCUACAAGGAAAAGCGGAAGCCUAUAUCUGUGGACCUGAAGGCAAAACUCCUAGGGGCAAAACUAAACCGUGUUAUACAAGGAACACAACUCCAAAUAACAAACAAAGGUUGCUGCUAUUCGAUUCGUGUUGGCCACACUGGGAUGAACAUUAAUGAAAUAGUGGAAAACGCUGUCGCUGUUGCAGGUGUUCUAGCAGAAAAACUACCAUUGAAAUGGAAGAAUGUUAAAAUAUUACAUUUAAAAACCCAGUCCUCUGUGGCACUUCCAGUGUACACCUCUGCCUUCAGCAAUCUGAAAGAACUUGAGCACUCUUCGGACAGUCGUAAUGUAAAUCAAGAAAAUUCAAAUAAACUAAAAAAGAAAAAGCCACUGGACAAGGAGAUUGAUAAUGUGUCGUCUGACCAUGGGAUAACAUCUGAUUCAGGAAAUGCUUCUGCAGACCAACCAAUACCAAGCGAUGAAGAGAUUCCGAUGCUGGUUCCUAUCCAGUCGCCCACUGGAAAGAAGAAUAAAAAGAAGAAAACAAAAGUCUGCAAAACACCUAAUAAGUCUGAAGUGGAAGAAAGCCAGGAAGCUGCCGAGAGCAAUGAUAUAACACAAGCUAGCAAAACUACUACCAAGAAGCUUAAAGCAAAAGAGAAUAACCAGGAACCUGUAGCAAGCAACCAAACCCCAUCACAAGUCAGGAAAACGCCGGCCAAAACACCUAAAGCAAAAGAGAAUAACCAGGAACCUGUAGCAAGCAACCAAACCCCCUCACAAGCCAGGAAAACGCCGGCCAAAACGCCUAAAGCAAAAGAGAAUAAGCAGGAACCUGCAGCAAGCAACCAAACCCCCUCACAAGCCAGGAAAACGCCAGCCAAAACACCUAAAGCAAAAGAGAAUAAGCAGGAACCUGCAGCAAGCAUCCAAACCCCCUCACAAGCCAGGAAAACGCCGGCCAAAACGCCUAAAGCAAAAGAGAAUAACCAGGACCAUGUGGAGAGCGAUGAAUUGAUAACACAAGCCCGCAAAACACCAAAAGCGAAAGCAAAGAAACAAGAACCCGUAGCAAGCAAUCAAACACCAAUACAAGGCAGGAAAACUCCUGCCAGAACGCUUAAAGAGAAGAAACCAGAACCCGUGGAGAAGAGUCAAAUCAUGUCAACACCACAAAGUGUAGUAAAGAAACGCAAAGCUAGUGAUGUGAAAAUUGAGGACCUUGCAGAAAAAACCAACACUGAGAAAAAGUCUACUCCCUUAAAGUUGGCCAAAACAGAGGAACAGGAGCAGAACUCUCUGACCAAAGCCAGCAUCCUUAAAAAGACACCCAAAAAGAUUGCUGGGAAGUCUGCUGUGAAACUAAGCAAAUCUGUUAAAAAGGCUCCUCAAACCCCAAAACUAAAGCAGAAGAAGAUUCUAAAAGCCCCAAAGUCUGUUUAGUGCCCUUUAGAGCAAAACUAAGGUCUGGUCCGUCUCUACUUCGUGUUUCUAGUUAAUCUUGCUACACUAUCUGUAAGCAAAUUUAUCUAAAAAAAAAAAAUUUUUAAUGAACAUUUUAUUUUGUAUUCUGGUAAAACCGUUCUCCAUGGAGUGUGUAACAUUAUGUAUUUUGCAGCGAUAAAAGCCUACUUAAAGU